GUGUGUGUUUUGCUGCCGCCGCCGCCGCGCCGCGGGCCACGCACGCAACGACUAGGCCGCGCGCUUUGCUGCGAAUGAGCCAGCCGGACUGCACGCAGCUGAGCCAGCCGGACUGCACGCAGCUGAGCCAGUGCACCCAGCGGGCUCGCUCGAGCUCCGCGUCACCUCGAGCAACGUUCACGUUUGUCAACGAGUCCGCGCACAUCGCGCUCGCCGGCAAGCCGCCGCCGCCGCCCGUCAGCCUCUGCGACGGCGAUGUGCUCCGCUUUGGCGGAGGCAGGCAGAGCAGCACCCGCUGCGACAAGUUCAUCUUCCGCGUGGACGCGCCACAGUGCAAGCGCGCGGAGGGCACCGUCUGUCUCUCUCCGCUGCCUGCGCGCGCGUCCUCCGCCGCCUCCUCCGCCUCGGCUGGCGAGACGCCGCUCGCGGAGUGGUUCUGGCAGAUCGGCAAAGGCGCGUCGCGCGCCUGGUCGCGCUACGCUCCCCACCAAGAGGCUCUGAUCGAGCGCGCCUACCAGCUGGCGGAGGAGAGGGUGCGGCUCGACGGCGAGCGGGUGCUCGACUUGCGGCAGAUGAAGCAGGUGCGCGACGACGGCCCCGGCCGCUCCCGCCCUGUGCGGCGCGAGCCGCCUGCAGCGCCAUACUCGACUCGUCCGACGAAGCGGAGGCGGGACGCGCGGGGGGCGACGGGCGGCGGCGAGGGCGGCGGCGGCGAGGGCGGCGGCGGCGAGGGCGGCGGCGGCGAGGGUGGCGGCGUGGCGACCGUGCGCGUUCUUCCCAAUCUCUCCCCCGCCAAGCGCGCCACCGUCCGCGUCGUGGUGUUGCGGCGCGACAGUGGCGUCGUGCUGACGGCUGGCUCGGGCUGCCUCGUCUCGCGCGACGGCCACGUGCUCACGGCGGCACACCUCUUUGUGAGCGCGCGGUCGGGCGCGCUCUUCCAUGGCUUUGCGCCGAGCGAGGUGUUAGUCGCGGUGGGCGUGUAUGUCGAUGACGCGGCGCCGUCGCGCUGGGCCCACACGUCCAUCUUCGUCGACAGCACCCAUGAGUGCCUCUCCCGCGAGGGGCAGCUGCUGCACACGCGCGCCUUCAUCCACGCGGGAUCGAGCGGCGGGCCGGCGCUCACGCCCUCGCUGCACGUCGUCGGCGUGGUGAGCCACAACCCGCGCUCGUCCGACGACACCAUCCGCCCGCCAGAGGCGGGCGGCGAGGAGUAUAUGUGCUGCGAAGUUUCGUGUGGCAAAAAUUGCGUGCUCGACACCCGCGGAUUGUAGUUUGUGUGCCGUCUCUCGAUCUCGUGUGCCGCACCGCGCACGCGCCGCAGUG